AUGAGUUCCUCAAAGGAUCGUGGCCAAGACGGCCCAGAUGGCGUUGCGGAUGGUGAUUUUCCAGAAUACGAAGCACCUAGCGGUACCCAAGAGGUUGGAAGCAAGAAUGAAGGUAGUGGAAAUAAUCCGACUUUCAGUCUAGCCGGCCCUGGCGCGCAUAACCCGGCUAGUAACGCAUACAUUGGCGACCAGUACAUGGAGCACAACCCGCAAUAUGGAAAGCAGAAUGAGAGCCCUACGUGGAGUCUGGCUCAGCCGCUCCCUCAUAUCGUUCGGCCGGGCAUGCAGCAUGAUACACUACCAGAAGAUCGAAAAGAGGAUAAAGAGAGCAUGAAAAAUGGGCAUGGGGCUGCUGGCGACAACGCUCAGGAUAAAUGCGAAGACGGAUUCUUCAAUAGCUGGAGUCGAAUCCGCCAUUAUCUCCGGGAACCAUUGGCUGAGUGGCUUGGGACAACCGUUGCAAUGACAAUCGGACUAUGCGCAACGUUAUCGAACUUCACCUCAUCCAGUCAAGCAGGAAGCUACACCUCGCAAAGCUUAGCCUGGGGCUUCGGAUUUAUGGCAGCAAUCUACAUCACGGGUGGUAUAUCAGGAGGCCACCUAAACCCAGCCUUCUCAAUCGCAAUGUCUGUAUUCCGAGGCUUCCCCGCCAAAAAGUGCAUCCAAUACAUAGCGGCGCAACUCCUCGGAGCUAUCACGGCCGGUGGCAUCGCCUACGCAAUCUAUCACGACGCAAUCCUCGAGGUUGCUGCUGCGUCAAACCUUCCACAGAACGCCAGUGUCGCUGCCCAAGCCAUGAUCACAUCACCGAAAUCUUUCGUGCACCCUGCUACGGCGUUCUUCACGGAGUUUCUUGGCAGUGCGAUCUUGUUCGGCGCUAUUGUUGCCCUUGGUGAUGAUACUAAUGCACCCCCUGGUGCGGGUAUGCAGGCUUUUAUCUUGGGAAUUCUCAUUUCAGUUGUUGUUCUUGCUUUGGGAUAUAAUACUGGAGGGUGCUUCAAUUGUGCAAGAGAUUUUGGCCCUCGACUUGUUGCCCUUAUGGCUGGGUGGGGUGGACAACUGUUUCGAGAAUACCACGCAUGGUGGGUGUGGGGGCCGUGGUGUGCUGAUAUUAGCGGUGCACUGUUUGGCGCCUUGAUCUAUGAUUUGGCCAUCUUUACUGGUGGUGAAAGUCCCAUUAACUACCCCCCGCGCCGACGGAAGAGGGCUUUGCGUGUGCGAAAGCUCAAUCUGAGAAAAAAACUUGGACUUGGGCCCAGGAAGAAGACAAAGGAUCUUGAGAAGUCUGUCUCAGAGGUUAAUAGCUGA